GUUGACAAACUCAAAAUUUAGCAGUUGUUAUUCCAUUCUCAAAAAGAAGAAGAAAAAACACGCACAUUUUCUACAAUCAGUUCAUCGAAAAAAAAUAUUUACGGAAAAAAACACAUCAAACAAAUAUUUUACAGACAUGCCGCAUCCUACCAAAAGAGUGCACGAGGAAGAGGAGCAUAGAAAGCAAGACAAGGAGGGCCACAACCAAAACAAAGAUGCACAGGCACCGGAUGAAUCUUCCAACGAAGUCGGAGACAUAGGAGAAUUUACAACUAAAGCCUUCAAGAAUGUGGUGGGAGCCACAAAAGCAGUGAAUGCCUUUCCGCAGGGCACCGCUCGGGCGUUAUACAUGACCUAUCCAGGCUAUGCACGUGUUAUAGACGACCUCAGCCAGCGUGUUGUGGGCUUAAUUGGAAACGUGCUGCAAGUCGAGGGAAUCAAGGGUGACAUUAGGAAACGGCAGCUAGACGAGCAGUUUGAAAUGGUGCAGGAGUGCAAUGACAUACUCUUUGAGCGGGUUACAACGAACCUGGAUCUAAAGGCUGGUCUACGCAGAAAUCCCCAGCAAAUGGUGGAGGUACAGAUGAAUGUUGUGAGCAGCAGCUCCUCGUCAUCUGUUGCGGCAGAUAGUAGUCCGUCGCUAGCUCAAGACAGCCCAAAGGCAGGCAGCUGGAAUAGGAGCAGCGCCCCUCCGCAGAAAAACGUAGUUUCCGCCCGUUUAUUUACGGCCAAAAACAUAGUGCGCCCACAGAUGCUAUUUAAGGAGCCAGUGGAUAACAGUGCCCUGAAUCCAUUCGUACCAAGACUCAAAGAAAAGCCAAACUCUCUGAAGCCAUUAGCCCUGCUGCCCGAAUAUGACGAUUCCGGCAAUAUCCAGGCCUAUUUACAUCCAUACGAGUUUGAGUUGAUGAAGUUUGAGCCUCCAGUGCAGCAGCUCCAGAAACAGAAGCCAAUUCUGCCCAAUCUGAUGUCUGACACUGAACUCAUGCUAGUGGACUCUGUUGAAAAGCUGAAGCAAGCAUUAGAAGAACUGAGACAGGCACCUCAAAUUGCCAUUGAUGUAGAACAUCAUUCCUAUCGUACCUUUAUGGGUAUUACAUGUCUCGUGCAGAUGUCCACGCGCUCGAAAGACUACAUAUUUGACACCCUAAUCCUGCGAGAUGAAAUGCAUAUAUUGAAUCUUGUUCUGACCGACCCCAAAAAGUUAAAGAUUCUUCACGGAGCUGACUUAGAUAUUGAAUGGUUGCAGCGCGAUUUAUCUUUGUAUAUAGUUAAUAUGUUUGAUACACAUCGCGCCGCGAAGGCCUUAAACUUGGCCAGGCUAUCGCUGGCGUUUCUGCUAAAGCACUACAUUGAUUUGGACGUGGACAAGAGCCUGCAGCUGGCGGAUUGGCGGAUGAGACCACUGCCCCAGCAACUGGUGGACUAUGCUCGACAGGAUACACACUUUUUAAUAUAUGUGUACGAGAGGAUGACCAACGAUCUCCUCGAGCAGCAGGUCGAGACCGGACUGCUCAACAACGUUUAUAUGAUGAGCACAGAGGUGUGCAAAAAGCGGUACAAUAAGCCACAUGUUGGACCCGAAUCCCACUUGGAUCUAGUGCGAAAAACGAAAAGAAAUUUCGACAAUCGUCAGCUUUAUGCCCUGAGGGGCAUAUUUGAGUGGCGCGAUGCCACGGCGCGGCUGGAGGACGAAAGCUACGGAUACGUUCUGCCCAAUCACAUGAUGCUGCAAAUCGCCGAGAGCCUUCCAAGGGAGAUGCAGGGAAUCUUGGCCUGCUGCAACCCCAUCCCACCCCUAGUGCGGCAGCAACUGCAUACGUUGCAUCAAAUCGUCCUCAAGGCGCGCGAUCAGCCGCUGGUCAAACCCAUUUUGGAAGCUCGCAGCAGCACCCAAGCAUCCCUGCCGCCGUCGUCCAAGGAUUUCAGCAGCAAGCUCUACUGCCCGCACGACUUCUCGCAUCAGGAUGAAAUUCGCGAUGAUCUCCCUACGUUGCUGAAACGAAAUACAUCCGGACGUCUUCAGCUUCCGGAUGAGAAGCAGCUUCCAACCCAGGAUAAAUUAAUUGCUAAGCCUUCAAUGGCGCUGUUCGAAAAGUCCGAUGGUCCCACCCAAGAAGAAGAGCUGCGUUGGGCUCAUAUGCGCAAGGAGAGCCAGGCCCUGCGAAUGCCCUACAAACGCUAUUUGGCGAUACUUCCCUUGAUGGAGCAGUUGAAGCAAGACCAAAUUGCCCGCGAGCACAGCGAACAGCUGAAGCGGCGAUUGUGCCCAACUGCGUCAGCUCCUGAGGAAAAUAUCAAACUGCAGGCGCCUGCGACCAAGGCAGAAGUUGAAAUAUACUCUCUUCCUUUGAAGGAACAACUGAAACGCAAGCACCAGUCCAACAUGGACGGAGAACAGCCCAGUACAAGCAAGAAAGCGAGAAAGGAUGAAAACACUCAACCCAUAGUGAAGAAAGAAAUUAACGAACAGAACGAAUCUAUCGAGGUGGUUGAGCCAACCGAGGAAAGUGAUGAAGACGACGUUUUGGAAGUGCCCAUUGAAAGACAACCCGCCGACCAAGCGAAACCCCCACAGAACCAGGGAAAAAGACAGAAACGCAAGCAGUUGCAGCAGCGUUUCAAGGCCAAGAAUCGGGCAAAUCACCCGCAGGGCUCUAACCUGCAAGUUCCGCAGCCCAAGCCAGCCGGAAACUUUGAUUACAAGAACGUGGACUUCAGGCAAUUCAAGGGCGGAGCGCAAAGGGCCCGCGGCACAGAAAUUAAGCAGCAAAUGCAUGGCAAGAACCGACCCAACAAUCGCCACAAUAAGCAGUUCAACAAGCUAUUUACGUUUAGCAAUGUGAAAAAAGAAGGCAAAAAGUAGCGUGCGACUGUCUCUUAAGUACACAUCGAGCUGUGUACUCACAGGUCAACAUACACCAAUCAUAAAAAAUUAGGAAAUGUAGUUUAUUUUUGGUUGUUUAUAUUCUCUUGAGAUAAGUGAAAAAAUAUAGUUAUGCAGUUUAAAAUUUU